GAGGGUGCUGGGCUACCGGGUCUACCUCAGCACGGGGCUGCGGGCGGGACAGCCGAGGUCUCUCAUAGGUUCAGAAAUAGCUGUGGGCACUACGCAGACCUUCCUUCCUGCCGAAAGCUCCAUGCAAACAUGGACGCACAUUGCAGUGUUCACCCGCUCACAGCUCGUCGAGCAGACGACGCCGGCAGGUGCAAGCAUCUCUGACACGUCGUCAGUUUCAACCAUCGACUUUCGCGACGAUGACCUUGACGAACUCGAAAUUGGCGGCGUGCUGUUCUGGAAGAACGGCAGCGACUUCACCGAGGCCACCCAUUACGAGGUCUAUCUCGCCGAAGACCGCAAUGGCACGAACCGUUCCUACCUGGGCAAUAUUUCGGAUGGCGCCAGUUUCGACGUUCCCGCAGACACGGCCUUGGAGUCGUUCAGUCACCUGGUGGUAUACGCCCGCUCGGAGCUGGUGGAGCAAACCACGCCGGCAGCUGCGCGCCGUAUCGUCGACACUGUUGCGAGUGUCUCAGCCGUGAGCUUCGUCGACCUGGACCUGGAUGAAGAUGAGCUUGGAGGUCGCUUGCUGUGGCAAGAGCCGGCAUCCACCGAGCGAGUCGAGUUCUACGUAGUGUACCUUGCCCUGGACUCGGUCGGCACUGGCCGCUCCCUAGCUGCUGGUGGAGAAGUGCUGGUCGGUACGCAGCGCACCACGUUGCCGGCGGACACAAGCAUCUCCAGCUUCAACCACUUCCUGGUGUACACGAAGUCGACCUUGGCAGAGCAAAGCACACCCGUGGGCGUGGCACUCUACGAUUCCACGGCCUUUGUGGGGAACCUGUCCUUCGCGGACAAGGACUUGGACGUCACGGAACUGGGAGGAAACAUCACUUGGUCCCCACCUGCCGAUGACCGGCUGGUGCUGGGCUAUAACAUCUUCUUCGGCGAUGAUGCAGCGUGUCAGGACAUGGCAUGCCAGAAGCUGUUGCUCGAAAGUGUCGCGGCAAACGAGAGCCUGGUCAUCGUUCCUCCGGACACCCAGAUUCUGAACUUCACCCACGUACUGGUCUACGCAACGUCCGGCUUCUCGGAGCAGACGACUCCUGCAAGCCACCAGAUUCUGGAUGCCAACGCCUCCGUAUCCAGCAUCCGCUUAGUGGACAAAGACCUCGAGUCCGAGGAGCUUGGCGGCGAUGUGUCCUGGACGGCCCCGGAAGGCUUCCUGGAAAGGGUGGAUGCCUACGUGCUGUACCUGAGUGCCACUGAAGGCGGUGAUCAGCUCCUCAGCCUUGGCACGGAGGUGGCAGUGGGAACAGACAUCAGGAGCAUCCCUGCGGAGACCAAAACUGGCGGCAGAGCGUUUAUCGCAGUCUUCACCCGCUCCUCUUUGGCUGAGCAGUCGACACCGGUGGCACUCCAGUUCUCAGACGCAGUGUCAGUGGUCGAGAAUGUGAGUUUCCCGGACUUCGACUUGGAUGCCUCGGACCUCGGUGGCAUCCUGACUUGGUCGGAGCCAACGGACACGAGCCAGGUCGAGCACUACAAUGUGUACUUUGCAAGGAGGUGCUCUCAGGGUGAGUAUGCCGAAAGCCUGAAUUCGACACUGGCGACGGUAAUCUCUGAUGUUUCCGACGUCUUUUGUGAUGUCGAGUUCUUCGGGACAGUGCGGCAAGGACUGGACGAAUUGGUGGUCCCUCCCGAGACGCCCAUACGCAACUUCUCCCACUUCUUGGUGUAUGCAAAUUCUUCCUUGGCCGAGCAAAGCCUGCCAGCGGAGCACGAAAUCUUCGACAUGAACGCGAGCGUCUCAGACAUAAGAUUCCAAGACCAGGACUUGGAUGAAACUGAAAUCGGAGGGCAGAUCUACUGGCUUCCACCCUUCGACAGCAGUCGCGUCCAGGACUACAUUCUCACCCUGGCAUUGAGCCCCGCUGGCAUGGCGAGAUCCCAGGUAGGGCCAAGUUUGCCUGUCGGGAACGAGACCCAGGCACUGGACCCUGAGACUGUCAUUGCCCAAGAGGCUUACGUGGUUGUGUACACACGUUCUCCACUGGCGGAGCAAACGACACCGGUCGAUCUGAAGAUUGUGGACUCCAUUGCAUCGGUAUCCAACAUCAGCUUCCCUGAUUUCGACCUUGACGAGGGCGAUCUCGGAGGCGUCUUAGAAUGGCAGCGGCCCAGCACCACAGGAAGUGACGAGGUCGAGUUUUACAUUGUCUACUUCGCUUCGUGUGGCACUGCGAACGGGUCAGACAGUUGCAGUGCGAAGUCCUACUAUGCCGAGACCCCCCUUGGGACAGAGAACUUGACCGUGGAGCCAGAGACGUCCAUCAACAACUUCACCCACUGGCUCAUCUACACCCAGUCGAGCCUGGUGGAACAGACCUACCCGGUGGCACACAAAAUAUUUGACGCGACCUCCAGCGUAUCAGGCAUUCAAUUCACCGACAAAGACCUCGACGCCUUGGAGCUAGGAGGCACCACCUAUUGGCUGCAGCCUGUCUACGACGCCAGAGUGCGAUCCUAUAAUGUGUACCUGUCGGCAGAUCCAGCAGGUGGUGGUCGUUCGCACUUGGGCACCGUCGAAGCAGCCGAAAGCAGCUUCGCGCUCACACCCGAUACCUCGUCGCAAGACUUCGCUUUCCUGGCGGUGUAUACGGAGUCUGAGCUGGUCGAGCAAACCACGCCGGUGGCUCUGAACUUCCUAGACCGAGAGUCUUUGGUUCAGAAUGUGACCUUUCCAGAUUUCGAUCUGGACUAUGAUGACCUUGGUGGCACUUUGGCAUGGCAGAAACCUGCAGAUGCCACGCAGGUGACCCACUACAUUGUUUACAUGGUCGAUGUUCCCGAAGAGGCAGAAUUGGUGGAUGACUGCAAUGCCAUGUGGACAGAAAGCUUCGAUGCUCGCAUCUUCGUGGACUUCAACCAGAGCUACCUUCCAAGUCCAGGGCUCACCUUGAUCAACGGCAUCAAUGCUUCGAUCUUGUGCAACAGGUCUUUCUACGUCUGGGUCGACGUGAGCGUGGAGUCCAUUGCAGUGCCAGAAAAUCUGACGUUACGACCGUACACUCACUGGGCCGUCUAUGCCAUGUCUUCGCUUGUGGAACAGUCCACACCUACAUCCUUGAGGAUCUAUGAUAUGGUGGCCAACGUGUCCAACAUUACUUUCCAAGGAUUGGACUUGGACUUGGCGCACUUGGGUGGAACCGUUGCGUGGCAGCCGCCAGAGCUCAUGGAGCGCGUGUACAGUUACGCCGUGUACCUGGCCGAGAGUGCUGCAGGGGACCAGCGUUCCCAGAUCGGAAACCAGGUGCUUGCCGGCACCGAUGCCUUGUUGGUGCCGUCCGACACGCUGCGAGAAUCCUACACUCACUUCGCGAUUUAUACGCGCUCCACACUAGCAGAACAGACGACUCCCUCUUCCUUGGCCUUCCUUGACGAAGUGUCCAAAGCAGGAAAUGUAACUUUCGUCGAUGAUGACCUUGACCGCUACGAGAUUGGAGGCGACUUGAUAUGGCUGCAGCCGGAGGAUGACAGCGAAGUGCAACACUACCAGAUCUACUUGGCCGAGGACAGCUCUGGGAGCAAUCGCUCGUUGCUGGGCAAUGCGAGCCAGGGUGUGCACAUAUUCGCUGUGCCGCCCAAUACGGCCCUGAUGUCCUUUACACACCUCACUGUCUUUGCUCAGUCCAUUCUGUCGGAGCAGACCACGCCGAGUUCAGUCCUGAUCGUGGACACCAUUGCAAGCGUUGCCAACCUCCGCCUCAUCGACCUUGAUCUGGAUCCUUUGGAGAUUGGUGGCCGCGCAACAUGGACACCACCAGCGAACAUUGCGCUGGUGGAGGCUUACAGGAUGUACUUGGCCGCGGAUGCUUCUGGCUUAGGGCGCAGCCAGGUGGGGCUUGAGGUGCCAGUCGGCACCAAUCAGCAAGACCUUUCUGCUGAGACGGCGCUGGAGCCCUUUUCGCAUGUGGUUGUUUACACUCGAUCCAGCUUGGAGGAGCAGAGCACGCCUGUAGCGCUUUCGCUCAUCGACACGAUCGCGCAAGUGUCGGACAUCCUCUUCCCAGACUUCGACCUGGAUGAAACCAAUCUCGGGGGCCUGCUGGAGUGGACCGAGCCAGCCGACACCUCACAGGUGCGGUACUACGACGUGUACAUGGUGGACGUUUUGGAAAAUAUCUCUACCUGCGCAUAUCAGCUUAACGAAAGUGACGAAAUCUCGAACGGUGGCCUGUGUCCUCGGCUGCACAUGGGCACCACCGACGCGAGCGUUGCCAACUUGAGCGUGCCCGCCGACACAGACCUUUCCAACUACUCCUACUUUGCCAUCUUUGCACGCUCCUCGCUCGUCGAGCAGACAACACCUGCCACCCAUCUCAUCUUCGACAUGGUAGCGAGCGUUUCCGGCAUCAGGUUCACAGACCGGGAUCUUGACUUGGAGCAGCUGGGUGGAGAGGUGCACUGGACACCGCCGGCCCUGACGCAGCGUGUGAACAGCUACCGGCUUUACCUGGCGAGCGAUCCGACAGGUCUUGGCCGAUCUCAGAUUGCCAAGGAUGUUCCAGAAGGGCUCCACCAGGAAGACAUUCUUCCAGAAACUACAGCUUAUCCGUUCUUGGUGAUCUACACACGUUCUCUUCUGGCAGAGCAGACAACGCCCGUGUCCUUGCUUCUGGAGGACAAGCAUGCACCGGUCUCGAAUAUUAGCUUCCCAGAUUUCGAUCUUGAUGCCACAGAUUUGGGUGGCACGUUGACUUGGGAGCCUCCCGAAGAUCAGAGUCAGAUCGAACACUAUGUGAUCUACUUGGCUUGGAUGACAGACAACGCAUCGGAGUGUCCUCUGGCCAUGUCGUCCGACAGCUAUGUUGCCGUAAUAUCUGGCUCCAUGAGCUUCGUCCUCGCCGGGGCAACGCAGAGUCAGGUGGAGCUGGCAGUGGCAGCGGCCCUGGCUUCCUCCAUGGGGCUGGACCCCGCCACGGUGGACGUCUCCGCCGCGCUGGCACGCCGACUGACGAGGAGGCAGUAUCGACGACUCGCCCAGUCUUGGACAGUGCGAUAUCAGAUCAUCACGCCGGUUGGGCAAGACGUGAGCGUCCGGACUGCGAUUGGAGCAUUGCAAUCCCAGCCCCAGGAUUUCGCCCCGGCGCUCGCCGUGGAGCUUCUUAGCCUUGGAGUGCAAGGAUCGGAUGUGGCCAGCUUAACGGUGCAAAGCUUCGCGCCACCUACGGUCGCCUACAUGCUCCCCAGUCUUGUUAUGCCCGUGGUCAUCUCGGAAAUUAACGUCACAGAGACGGAUUUCGCAAAUGUCAGCAACGACACUGCGAUGACCUCAGCGCCAACAACAACGCAUACAUUGACCGUCACCAGAACCUCCACGCAGACAGGGGCUGCUGGCGAAGAGGACACGAACACUAGCCGAGACGAUGCUACAGUGCUCCCUUCUACGACCACGACUUCUGCUGACGACAGCGACGAAGAGGAAGACAGUGACAAUACAACAACACGAUCGACAACCGCCACCGAAGAGGAGGAAUCAACCACAACCGCACGGACAGCCUCACGAACCGUCUCGACCACUUCAACGAAGUCCUUCUCCACCAGCGAAUCGACAGACGACAGUGACAGUGAUGAUAGCGAUGGCGCAAACCAGACAUCUUCCGAGGAGGAGUACACAUAUUCAACGACUUCGUCAACUACCUGGGACGAGGUGGAUACGGAUCCUGAAACAGGUGGCAACUUGAGCUGGUGGAACGAAACUGCCAGAGAACUGCGAAGGCUGUCCUCAGCACCUCUGUUCGACCCUUUUGCCGCUGUGGGCACGGUCAAUUUCACCGGCCUGGUGAUGUGCUACAGGACACUCUUUGGAAAUGCAUCCAAUGGAACCUACAAUUUCACUGUGCCACCGGACACUGCAUUGGAGAGGUACACUCACUUCCUAGUGUACAGUUCAUCGCCUCUGGCGGAGCAGACCACUCCGGAGAUACACUUGAUCUAUGACAUGGAUGCCAGUGUCAGCAACAUUACCUACCAGGGCAAGGACUUGGACUCUCUCGAGCUCGGUGGUCAGAUUGCCUGGGUGGAGCCAGAGCUCAUGGAAAGGGUGCAAGGCUACAUGAUCUACUUGGCCAUCCUCUCCGAUGGCACGGGCAGGUCCCAGGUUGGAGGCGAAGUUCCUGCGGGCACUCAUGACACUGCACUCUUCCCAGAGCAGCCCAGAGGCGCCUUUGACUUCUUCACGGUAGCUGGGCACGGAGUCUCGAGCCAUGAGCUUUUGCUUGCUAUUCUUGGCGUGACGAGACAAGGUUACAGUUUGCUGCUAAAGGCAAUUGACAUGGCAACCUUGGCUCUCAGUGUACACAAGGCCAUGACCGGCUUGGGGUCCAGUCUCGUGGAACAGACCACGCCGGUGUUCCUGACCAUAGAGGACGAGGUGUCCUAUGCGCGCAACGUGAGCUUUGUCGACGACGACUUGGACGAGAAUGAACUAGGUGGUUGGCUGCAGUGGCGCAUUCCGGAGGAUGCCAGCGAGGUCACGCACUACAUUGUGUACCUGGCUGAGAACGAAGCUGGCGACAACCGAAGCCUGCUUGGAAACGUGACGGUCGGAACGCAUGAGUUCCUCGUUCCGGCCGACACCGGCUUGGAGUCAUUCAGGUUCCUUACAGUCUUCGCGCGCUCCAGCUUGGCCGAGCAGACGACUCCACGCUAUGUCGAAAUUGUCGACACUGUGUCCAGCGUCUCGAACAUUGGAUUCACUGACAAGGAUCUCGAUUGGGAUGAGCUGGGCGGCUACAUGGACUGGCAGGCUCCCGCGAGCCACAGCCAAGUCCUCUUCUACGAGUUGUACUUGGCGGAGAGCUCCAUGGGCAAGAACCGCCUGAACUAUCCCAGCGGCAGCACUCCGGUCGGGACCACAGAGGUGCUGUGGCCCGCCGAGACGCCCAAGGCAGCCUUCACUCAUUUCGUCAUCUACACGAAGUCCUGGCUUGCAGAACAGACUACGCCAGUGGCUUUGGAAUUUGAGGUGUCGCUGGUCCGUGACAUCUCCUUUCCUGAUUUCGAUCUGGACCUGGAGGACAUUGGAGGGACCAUCUCCUGGGAAGCACCGAACGACACCAGCCAGGUGACUCACUAUGUCGUGUACUUGGGCCAGGCUAAUACGACCAAUGGCUGCAACACCAGCUAUCAGCUGCAGCCAGAGGAAGCCAACACCUCAACGGCCUUUUCAGACUGGUGCCUGCUGACCUACAUGGGCAAUACAUCCGUUGGGGAGCACGACCUUUUCAUCUCUCCAGACACAGGUGUCCCCCCGUACACACACGUGGCAGUCUUCAGCUUGAGCUCUCUGGUGGAGCAGACCACUCCUAUGACCCUGGUCUUCUGGGAUGAGAUUGCCAGCGUUUCCAAUAUCAGGUUCGUAGACCAAGACCUCGAUGAGGUCGAUCUAGGCGGAGAUGUGCACUGGGAGGCUCCAGAAUCGAUACGGAGGGUCUCAGCGUACCUUGUGAAGCUGGCCACCGAUGAGCCAGUUCCGACCGACCACUCGCAGAUAGGCCUCGAUGUCCCAGCAGGCACAUACAAUCUCCUGGCACCAGCAGACAUGAACCCAUUGCACUACACUCGGAUCGUCGUUUACACCCGGUCCACGCUUUCGGAACAGACGACUCCCGUGGGCUACCACUUUGUGGACAAGUCGUCACCUGUGCUGAAUGUGUCCUUCUUUGACUACGACCUGGACGAAACCGAUUUGUACGGAGACCUUUUGUGGGAAGCACCAGAAGACGAAGAGCAAGUGCGUGAGUACUAUGUGUACAUGGCGGAGAACAGCACCGGUAAGGAGCGGUCCUUGGUGGGCAUCGCUCCCCGCGGAGUGUACAACGUGAGCAUCCUGGCGGAGACACCGCUGGUGAACUACACCCACUUCCUG